GCCCAGAAGGGCAAGGCGAGGAUGGGAGAGACUAGUCAGGCACAGCGAGCUACCCGGGCUCGUGUUUAUGAUUUGCCUGAGGUUGUGCCUCAUUCUGAGGGGUCUGCUACACCCCCACUAGUACAGCCUGGAGCAGGACCUUCAGCAGCUCCAGAGGUCCGUGUACCCGCUCCUGAGACUCCAGCUCCUCAGCCAUGGGCGGAGGAUAGGACCCUGAGGGAGGCUGUACAGUUGUUGACCACAAUAGUAGCGGGACAGGCUCGCAGGCGCGGGCGGAGGGACGAUGAUGAUGAUGACAGGCGGGACAGCCUGAGAGUUCGGGAGUUCUUAUUAUGUGGCCCUCCAGAGUUUUUCGGGUCUAAGCCCGACGAGGACCCCCAUGACUUUAUUCGGGGGAUGCGGCGUGCAUUAGACUUGGUCAGGGCUUCAGAGACCGAGUCGGUUGAGCUGGCCUCGCAUAGACUUCGGGAUGUUGCCGCUCACUGGUAUGAGACUUGGGAGUUAUCCAGGGGUGAGGGUGCUCCUCUAGCUACGUGGGAUCAGUUUGUGACUGCUUUCACCCGCCACUUUCUGCCCCCAGAGUUACGACGAGAGCGAGCCGAUCGGUUUUUACAUCUGCAGCAGAGGGGUCGAAGCGUUCGUGAAUAUAAUCUGGAGUUUGAUUCCCUGGCCCGGUAUGCACCUGCCGUGGUAGCAGAUAUGUCUGAUCGGAUGCAUAGAUAUGUUAUGGGGUUGGAUCAUUACUUGAUCGACGGCUGUAUGGCGGUGUCAUUGCAGACAGAUAUGGACAUUGCCCAUCUACAGGCCUACGCCCAGGGGAUGGAGAACCGACACUGAGCAGAUCGGCCCAGCAGAGAGUAUGAUGGGAGACGGCCCAAGAGGGCCAGAUUAGCGGGGUAUUCUGGAGAUUCUCGGGGCGGGCAGCCUCAGUAUCAGUCCAGUGGGUACUUCCCUCCGCUAGGCCGGGACACACAGUCUGCUAGUAAGCGAUUUGAUGGCGCAGGACCGUCCAGGGCAAACCAGAGUUCCAGAGCCCCAGGUCCUCAGGCGAGCAGGGGUCCCGGUCAGACUAGGCCACCUAUGCCCCCGUGUUCGUAUUGUGAAAGAUCGCACCCAGGUGAGUGUUUCAGGGCCACAGGGGCCUGUUUUGCUUGCGGCCGCCAGGGCCAUAUCAUGCGAGAUUGUCCGUGGGCAGGCAGUUCUGGUAGCGCAGCACAGCCGACGAGAUCCGUUGCUGGUUCGCCAUCUACCCCUUCGGCCACGCGCUCCACGGGCCGAGGUAUGCCAGCACCAGCGGGCCGCGGUAGAGGCCGUGGUGGGGGUUCAGAUUCUAGCGGUCCCUCGAACCGCAUAUACGCUUUGACUGGUCGGCGGGACCCAGAGGCAUCACCAGACGCAGACCCAGGUACAGAAGCUCGUUUGGGUGAUCCUCCAGUUUAGGCUACCUAUUCUGCUAUUUUGGAGAGCUCCCCUUGAUCCGGAGCUUAACUUUUGGUACAUACCUUUUGCUGUGUGUGGAUUUUGUACAUUUGUGGCUGUGUGGGUACGGCGGGGCCCUGUCCCGUCAUAUGUUCGUAUGUUCCGUUUUGUUUUAGAGGUCUGUAGUCAUAUUUGUGGGUCGUGGGUCCGGUGUGUUCGUAUGUGGUUUUGUUUUACGUUCUUAAGCGGCCCGUAUGCUAUUAUGGCCAAGACGGCCCAUAAGUUUGUACGUGUGUGUGUGUGCAUUUGGGCGAUGUAUAUUCCGCCACCUUUCUGAUUUUGAUAUGACUGUCCUGCACGGGCGACCGCUUAAGAUAAGUGUUUAUUCAAUGCUUGUGUGACGUCUGCUAUUAGUUUUCAGUUCGAAUAACGUAUGUUAAGUCUGAAUGAGUCUGAAUAUGAUGAUCUGGUUUGUGAGUCUGUUUGGGGUGCCUAAGUAGGGUGCCAGUCGCGGCCCACGGGGUUAGGUCGUGACACUAGUCAGGCACAGCGAGCUACCCGGGCUCGUGCUUAUGAUUUGCCUGAGGUUGUGCCUCAUUCUGAGGGGUCUGCUACACCCCCCACUAGUACCGCCUGGAGCAGGACCUUCAGCAGCUCCAGAGGUCCGUGUACCCGCUCCUGAGACUCCAGCUCCUCAGCCAGGGGCGGAGGAUAGGACCCUGAGGGAGGCUGUACAGUUGCUGACUACACUGGUGGCAGGACAGGCUCGCCGACGCGGGCGGAGGGACGAUGAUGAUGAUGACAGGCGGGACAGCUUGAGAGUUCGGGAGUUUUUAUUAUGUGGCCCUCCAUAGUUUUUCGGGUCUAAGCCCGACGAGGACCCCCACGACUUUAUUCGGGGGAUGCGGCUCUCACUGGACUUGGUCAGGGCUUCAGAGACCGAGUCGGUCGAGCUGGCUUCGCACAGACUUCGAGAUGUUGCCACUCACUGGUAUGAGACUUGGGAGUUAUCCAGGGGUGAGGGUGCUCCUCCAACUACGUGGGACCAGUUUGUGACUGCUUUCACCCGCCACUUUCUGCCCCCAGAGUUGCGGCGGGCACGGGCCGACCGAUUCUUACAUUUGCAGCAGAGGGGUCGGAGUGUUCGCGAGUAUAAUCUUGAGUUCGAUUCCCUGGCCCGGUAUGCACCUGCCGUGGUAGCAGAUAUGUCCGAUCGGAUGCACAGAUAUGUUAUGGGAUUGGAUCGGUAUUUGAUCGACGGUUGUAUGGCGGUGUCGUUGCAGACAGAUAUGGACAUUGCCCGACUACAGGCUUAUGCGAUGGGUAUGGAGGACCGUCAUAGGUCUGAUCAUUCUGGUAGAGAUAGGGACAGGAGGCCGCCCAAGAGGGCUAGGUCCGCAGGAUAUUCCGGAGAUUUUCGAGGCGGACAGCCUCAGCAGCAGCAGUCAGGGAGACAGCUUCCUCCGUCCGGCCGGAGUACUCAGUCAGGCAGCCGGAGAGUUGACAGUGCAGGACCGUCUGGGGCCAGUCGGAGCUCCAGGGCGGCAGGUUCACAGAUGACUAGAGGUCCCAGUCAGGCCAGACCACCCAGGCCCCGUUAUUCUCAUUGCG